GAUCCCCUUCCAACCCCCUUCCCGGAUCCCCCCUCAUCCGUCGCGGCAUAAUACUUAUCUACCUACUUACCGACACGUGAAUGGGUAUAGAAGAUCAACCUGCUGUCGAGGAGUCGACUGAACCCCCUAUAUGUGGCUACACCUACGCUACACCGGGAACUCCGCCUAGCCACGUAAAUCGGGACACGGCAACGGAUAUUGUCAGCAUCAUAGCUAGUUCUCCAAACUCUCUCCCGCGCGAGGGACUCGCGAUAUCCGUAGCAGGUGGGAGCCACCCUGAACCUCACAGACUUGCAGUUGAGGACCUAGAGACUAUUUUCAGAACCGACGUUAAUAAUGGCCUCGGCAGCGAUGACGCAGCUCGUCGCCUUCAGUUCGGUGGGCCGAACAAGGUUGAGGGAGCUCAAGGGUUAUCCGUAUGGAAAAUUCUGCUAAGGCAGGUGUCCAACAGUUUGACAAUGGUCCUUAUCAUCGUCAUGGCCCUCUCAUUUGCCAUCAAUGACUACAUCGAAGGCGGCGUUAUUGCUGCUGUCAUCUCACUAAAUAUAAUUGUGGGAUUCGUUCAAGAUUAUCGUGCUGAACAGACUAUCCAGUCGCUCUAUGCAUUGUCCGCGCCGACGUGCAAGGUCAUCCGCUCUGGACAGGUCGCCACCAUCAAGGCUGAAACACUCGUCAGAGGUGAUAUUGUCCUACUUCACGUCGGCGAUAUUGUCCCGGCGGAUCUUCGACUCGUUGACGGAUUAAAUCUAUCAACCGAUGAGGCAUUACUUACCGGGGAAUCUCUGCCCGUUAGCAAGCACCCGAGGGCGGCGUUGAGCGAUGCUGAUAUUCCUCUCGGCGAUCGUGUGAACAUGUUGUAUUCUGCAAGCACUGUCACGCGUGGUCGUGGGAAGGGCGUUACCGUUGCCACUGGUAUGAGUACCGAGGUGGGCAAGAUUGCUCAGUUGCUCCGCGCGAGCCCUGUUUCGAACGACGGCGUAUCUCUGCUGGCUACCUAUUGGGAGCGCAUGAGCACAAGCAUGCGCAGUGUUCUGGGUUUAGACGGCACACCCCUCCAGAUCAAAUUAAGCAAGUUUGCAUUGCUUCUCUUUGCUCUAGCAGUCCUUCUUGCUCUUAUCGUCUUUUCCGCCAGCCUCUGGGAUAUUGACGAUGAAGUUCUAAUCUACGGUAUAUGCGUAGGCGUUGCUGUCAUUCCCGAGUCCCUCAUCGCUGUCUUGACCAUCAGUAUGGCUGUCGGAACGAAAGCUAUGGCAAAGGGUAAUGUAAUUGUCAGAAAACUCUCCGCAUUAGAGGCUGUUGGGGGCGUGACCAAUAUUUGCUCCGACAAGACCGGUACUUUGACUCAAGGCAAGAUGAUCACUAGAAAGAUAUGGCUUCGCAACGGAUCCAUGGCAACCGUUGAAGCCUGCACCGAUCCUUUCGAUCCAUCCAGUGGAUCAGUGACUUGGAGUGCUCAGAAAUCCGGAUUAGCCAGUGCCUUAUCGAUCUCCCGGUUGCAGCCGUCGACGAGGAAAUUCAUAGAAUGUCUGUCUCUGUGUAACAAUUCAACGGUAACAGACGGAAAACCGGCGCCGAGCGAGGACGCUGCCGAGACCCUGACCACCUCGACUGCUGCGGUCUCGAGUUGGACCGCGGUUGGUGAGCCUACUGAGAUUGCUCUCCAUGUUUUUGCGAUGCGCUUUGGCAUGAGCAAAGAGACCGUUUCUCAGAUGAACGGCGUGCGUCUGCUUGCGGAGCAUCCUUUCGACUCUUCCUAUAAGCGUAUGACUGUUAUAUACUCACCCCCAGGUUCGGGCUCGGCCGACGUAUAUACCAAGGGCGCCUUGGAGGUCCUGUUGCCACUGCUUAACACGCCCGACAAUACGAAGGCCGAGUUUACUGCAAAGGCGGAAUCUCUUGCUGCCGAGGGCCUUCGAGUUUUGUGCAUUGCUCACAAGACAGUUGAAGAUAGCGCGGCCCUUGGAGAUACUCGGGAUGCUGCUGAAAGCAAUCUCACGCCUCUGGGCCUCGUUGGCCUAUAUGACCCCCCUCGAUUAGAGUCGGCCGACGCAGUGAGGAGAUGUAGUAUUGCCGGUAUAUCAGUUCACAUGCUUACCGGCGAUCACAUCAAAACUGCGACAGCGAUCGCGCACGAGGUCGGCGUUCUUGGCAGGGGGCUCAGCACCACCGAGGCAGCAGGUGCUAUCAUGCCUGCCGCUUCUUUCGAUGCUAUGUCUGAUGCCCAGAUCGACCACAUGGAAAAGCUUCCGUUGGUUCUGGCUCGCUGCAGCCCAUCGACGAAGGUACGCAUGGUCGAGGCAAUACAUCGCCGUGGUGCAUUUUGCGUUAUGACUGGCGAUGGAGUCAACGACUCACCUGCCCUGAAAAAGGCGGACGUCGGUAUCGCUAUGGGUUUCAAUGGCAGUGAUGUGGCCAAGGAGGCCGCAGAUAUGAUUCUUACUGACGACAACUUUGCUUCGAUCGUGACCGCCGUCGAAGAAGGGAGACGAUUAUUCGACAACAUCCAGAAGUUUCUACUUCACCUCUUAGUCUCCAAUAUCGCGCAAGUCAUUCUCUUACUUGUCGGUCUAGCGUUUAAAGACGAGGACAAUAAAUCGGUAUUUCCGCUCUCCCCUAUCGAGAUUCUAUGGGCAAACUUGAUCACAUCAUCCUUCUUAGCCCUUGGUCUUGGUUUCGAAGAAGCCCAACCCGACAUUAUGCUGCGACCGCCGCAUGACCUACGCGUAGGCAUCUUCACGAAGGAGAUAAUCGCCGACAAGAUGGCGUAUGGCAUCUUUAUGGGAUCUCUAUGCAUCGCAGCCUUUACUUCUGUCAUCUACACUUCGAUGGAAGACAUCUACGGGGAUCCGCCGUGGUACGGCAAUCUAGGCUCUAACUGCAACGCGGUAUACAACGAGUCAUGCAACGGCGUCUACCGAGCCCGCGCGACAACAUAUGCCACUCUUAGUUUCCUCCUACUCUUCACAGCCUGGGAAGUGAAGCACUUCACUCGCUCUCUAUUUAACAUGUAUCCAGAAAUCUAUACCGGACCUUUCUCGGUUUUCAGGACAGUGUGGAAGAACAAAUUUCUCUUUGGGGCCGUGGUGGCAGGUUUCGUCAUCACCUUUCCAGUGAUAUACCUACCGGUCAUCGAUAAGGCAGUAUUCAAACACCAAGGUAUCGGCAUCGAGUGGGCCGUUGUAGCCGCAUGUGUCGUAGCUUAUGUUACUCUAGUGGAGCUAUGGAAGGCAGGGAAACGGCGAUUUGUCAGGACCAUCGUCUACGGUCAAGCUACCGUUGGCGAAGUCUAGGGACGUUUUACUUUUCAAACGGGGUGAGAUGCGGCGUGGGUUUAAAUUUUACCCGUGGCGUCGAAGCGGAUACUUUCACAUGGAAGAAAAGGACAAUCCUAAAACUCAUCUAUUUCUCGGCGCUCUUUAGUCUUCAUUUCCUAUCUGAAGAUGGUCGGCGUCGUCUCGAGGGACACUCAACCACACGUUCGUUUAGCAAUCGAGGGUCGGAGGACACAUGACGGAGACAAUAACAGUAACUCUAUCGUUAACAUAGAUAGGCGAUAACUUCGCGUAAAUAUCAGCUAUAUUCACUCCUUACCUUUAUUAUGUAUGUGUUUGCGACGGCGGC